AUGGAUCACCACCAUCACCACCACCACCAUCACCACCAUCACAUGAUACCGGGCCAAGAACCGUCAGCGGCUGACGGCGGCGCAGCCCCGGACAGCUUCUUCCUCGGCCCCGCCGCGGCCGUCAUCUUCUCCGGAGGCGCCGGGGCGUCAGGUGCCGGCUCGUCGUCGUCCGGCGUUGCGGCCCUCGGAUCCUCGGCGGGGGGAGGCGGUCCGUCGCCGUCCAGCUCGUCGCCGUCGCUGAGCCGGUACGAGUCCCAGAAGCGCCGGGACUGGAACACGUUCGGGCAGUACCUGCGCAACCACCGGCCGCCGCUGUCGCUGUCGCGGUGCAGCGGCGCGCACGUGCUCGAGUUCCUCAAGUACAUGGACCAGUUCGGCAAGACCAAGGUGCACACGCCGGUGUGCCCCUUCUACGGGCACCCCAACCCGCCGGCGCCGUGCCCGUGCCCGCUGCGCCAGGCGUGGGGCUCCCUCGACGCGCUCAUCGGCCGCCUCCGCGCCGCCUACGAGGAGAACGGCGGCACGCCCGAGAUGAACCCCUUCGGCGCGCGCGCCGUGCGGCUGUACCUGCGCGAGGUGCGCGAGACACAGGCGCGGGCCCGGGGGAUCAGUUACGAGAAGAAGAAGCGCAAGAAGCCGUCGUCGGCGUCGGCCGCGGCGGCGGGGCCGUCCUCCGAUGGAAGUCCGCCCCCGGGGCCGUCCGGCGGCGGAGGGCCCGACACGUCGGCAUCACCGCAGUUCAUCAUGCCGUGA